CAUCGACAUGUCCCAACGAAGCUCCGAUCUGUUCACGUCCCUCUCUCGUUUCCCUGUCCUUCCCUCCCACUCUCCAUCGACCCGUUCCCUCUCUCCCACCGGCGCCGCUUGUUCCUGAAAGAUGAAAGGAGUAUUUUGACGGGAUCUUCUCAUCCACUCGCGGAUCUGGUUCCUCCUUCCCUUCCAUCGAAGUCCUUUCCUCUCACGUCCCCCUGUUCUCGGUUCCUGUCCGUGUAGAAUCGAAUCAAUCCAGAUUUGAUGGAUGAGGAGAGAGGUGAGAUCAAUGGCGAGCGCGGGUACUCGAUGGACUCCACGGAAUCAAGGUGGGUUUACCAGGAAGAAGAUGAGGAUGCGUCGGAUAUUGAGGACUUUGACGCUGAUUUGAGAUUGAGAGGCCGACGAAACGGUGCUCCUGUGCAGCUGCUUGAUUCCGACGAGGAGGAUGAUGGCACCACCGAGCAGAGACUCAUUCGCACUGGUCCUCGAGUUGAUUCCUUCGAUGUUGAAGCUCUUGACGUCCCUGGUGCUCACAGAAAUGACUAUGAGGUCCUUCUUUUCUCUCUUUGCCUAAUAACCUCUACGAAUUUUGCAUUUCAAUCAUGAUAAUCAUUUACAGUGGAAUAUAGGGUUUUUGUAAGGCUUGUGAUUUGUGAUAUACUUAGUUAGUAAUAU